AGACCAAUCAUGAAGUUUACACUUUGUCUCCUGGUUGUUCUGCCUUUGGCUUUGAGCGUUCCUGUCAACUAUGAUGAGAAAAGAUUCCUCCCUGGACUGUUAAAACUUCCAACACCUACGCCGGCUUUAUGCAGAUUUAACAUGAUAAAUCCCCUGGAUCCCAAUUGUGUAUUUGUCUGCCUAACAACCGCACCUGCUUUGUUCCCAGGAGCCACUUUGUUCGGAGGAAGCUUGUGUGGUGAAACUUGCUGCAUUUCAAUGCCUGUAGGCAUUCCGAAUCUAUCGCCACCCGAAUCACAUUGGUUCUUUUCAAGCACGAAAUAUCCUUACGUAUACCACCACAGCCUUAGGUAUGUUCCUUGUUAAUAUGUGACAUUGGUAAAAAC